CGCCGCCUCUGAGCGACUGCUCCCCUCUGGAGUAGGAUGGCGGAAGUGGAGGAGCAGCCGGUGCUUGCUUCGCCUCAGAGCGAGGAAAGAAGCGAAGCCGGGGAAGAAGCCCCUGACUGCGGGGCUGCGGCGGGGGCUGCUGACGCAGUCCCCCCUCCGGCCGGGUCGCCGGGCACCGAGGAGGCCCCUGGAGACAUGAAAAAGAAAAUUGACGUCCUGCUGAAGGCCGUGGGCGACACCCCUAUCAUGAAGACCAAGAAGUGGGCCGUGGAACGAACUCGCACCAUCCAAAGCCUCGUCGACUUCAUCAAGAAGUUCCUCAAGCUAAUGGCCUCUGAGCAGCUGUUCAUAUAUGUAAACCAGUCUUUUGCUCCAUCUCCAGACCAAGAAGUUGGGACCCUCUAUGAGUGUUUUGGAAGUGAUGGCAAGCUUGUACUGCAUUACUGCAAGAGUCAGGCAUGGGGAUGAAUGACAAGCAGUAGAAUUGUUUAGGUGUUGUCUUCAAAAAUGGAAAAGGGAGAAACUUUCUUAAAUUUGGCCUGUAAAUACACAGAAAGAAAGAUUUUAAUUUUUUUUCUGCUUAAAUGUAUAAAAAUUAUCCAGAUGAGUAGUGUAAAAGAAGACCUACCUAGGCUAUCUGAUCAUGGAACUUUUUUUUGAUGUACAUCUGAGGUACAGAAAAAAAUUGUAUUUGCCAUCUAUAAGAUGGCGCCAGCUUCCUUGCUGCCAAAUUCUGUUGCUGUAUCUGAAGGGAAGCUAUUUCAUAGUUGUCUGGAGGGCUGACUAGACAGCUCUGUCACUCUAUAUGCUGUACUGAAUAUAAAAGUUCCUUUUUAUUAAAAGGGAUUUUAUUGUAUAUGUAGCGUGGAAUUCAGUUUACUUCUGACAUGUUGUACAUUCAUUAUGUGGAUUCUAUUAUUUGUAAGGUCUUCAUCUUGAAUGUGAAUUAUCUUUUUUUUUCUUAUAAUUAAUAUGUAGGUGUUGGUAUAUAAUCUGAUUACCUCACACUGUGCCUUCAUCAUGUCAUUACUAUAAGUACCUUGUUUAUAUGGCACAACAUAAUGAUAGAUGUCAGAAAUACUUUUCAUCCUGCCCAAAUGGUAUAGUGUAUGUUGAAAGCUGAAAAUUGCAGCAGUUCCCAAGGUGCUUCUUCUGGCAGUGUUUAACAGCUAGUAUCUUUAUCUGAAUGCUGCAGCUAGCUGUUGCUUUGGUUAAUGAAGAAAUAGAUAGGAGUUGCUAUAAACUUACCAUCUAUAUAUUCUCCUUUUGGCUGCUGUUAUUUUCCUGUUUCAUCAGCUGCAUGUUCCUUCAACAAAAUAGAAUGCACUUUACAACAUUCGCUAAAUCCUUUAUUCAUUGCAGAGUUUGGAUGGGCAGGAUGGGGGUUUUUUUUGUGUGUGGAUUUAUUUUGUAUAUGUUGUACAAUCUUCUGUGUUUUAAGCCGAAUUAAAUCAAAUGUUAGCUCUUCACUUGCAGAGUGUUCUUAUGCUGGAGGACAGUUUUGGUCCCUGGCACAAAACACUUCUUCAGUACAUACAGGCAAAAUGGCCUGUUCUAGGUUAAAGUGUCCUUGUACAAUAGUCUUGAGCUGUUCAUUGCUGUUUCAUAUGUAAGUGGCUCUUUCGUGGUCACUGCAACCUGUGUACCAGAUUGUUUCCCUCCUUAGAGGACUAUUGGUGAACUAAUACUCAGCUUAACUUACUGGUGUUGCUGCAGUUUGCAUGCAUCCUGCAUACAUGGCACAGCAACACAGGCACGUGUUCUGCAUACUUGCUUGAUGUAUUUUACCACUUCUUAAGUGGAAAACCCAGAUUCAUUGGAUUAAGCUAACAAGGCAGAAUUUGUUGUAAACUUAAAUCUUCAAAUAAUGCAUACUGUUGCUGUUUAGAGCCCUGAUCUUAAGAAGAUUUGUCUAUUUAAGAGAACUGUUGUAGAGGUAAGCACUCUGAUUCCGUCCUUUUGAGGAAAUUCUCAACUAGUGAGGCCAGUGUAACCUUGCACAGCCACUAGAGGGUACACAAGGACAAAAGUAUUUGCAUUUUUUUUCAGAUCAUUUUUGUAAUAUGUCCACUUGCCAGCUUUACAAAUAUAAGUAGUUUGUUC